GUUAAGCCCUUUUCAUGAAAGCAGCCGUCUAACAAAACGUCAUCAGAUCUCUUAUGACCCUCCCGUGAUCACACACCAAAAACUCACAAAACCGGAAGCUGUCUGAAUACAAACAUAUGAUUGUACAAAUUACCGCAGCGAUUUGUUUUACUGUAUUAAUUUAAAAAAAAAUGCACGAAGAAUUUCUAUAUGAAAACGCUUGAAAAUGGAUGAACGCAGUCCACUACUCAUCCACCGAUAUAGCGACAGCGCUGACUUGCCUAACCCCAACCUGAGACCAAGGCACCGGGAGCUGAUUCCCACUCCCUGCGGUCCAAUCAAGCCCUGGUCGGAGCUGACAUGCCUGGUGAAGCUGUAUUACUGCCUGACCAUCGUCUCUCUGCUAGCAGUGCUGGCAGUCACUGCUGUGAACAUUUACAAGCAGAUUCAGGAUCCGCUUCACCACGAGGAUUUUACCAUCUCCCUCGUACAGCUCGUGGGAAUCUUGUUCUGCUGUUACUAUGUGACCCGUGGGAUUCUGCAGGAGAACCGCCAGGAGCUCAUCGUUUUCGUGGCGAGCGUCGUGCUGGUGAUGAUGCGCUCGGUUGUUAACUUCGCCGUCCUCCCCGCUCCCGAAAAGGACAGCCUCAUUCUGGUGCGGUUCGUGUGCAUCGUGUGCAUUGGGCUGUUCCACGUGAUCUGCAGCACGCUCCUUAUCCGGAGCUCCAACAUGAUGGCGUUCCGUGUGGGCGGGGCUCUGGAGAGCCUGCAGGAGCAGUACUUCCUGCUCAAUGUCUGCUUCUCCAUGGUAACCUUCGACCUGCAGGCCCAGAUCUGCCUGUGCAUCUUGGUGCUGACCUCAGGCAUCUACCACAUCUCCUUUUCCCACAGCAUCAUCCUGGGCUUUGGGAUCUUCUGGGCGUGCCUUACAUCCACUGUAGGGAUGAUAGCGGUCUUAAAAGAAUUGAAGCCUCUUGUCUGGGUUUUUGUCCUCCAGAACUUACCAGAAUUGGCCUAUCUCAUUUUUUUACUGUAUCAGAUUAUAAAAGAAUGGGGAGCAGGGGGGUCGUACGCCCUGGAAGCUGCUGCAAUUACCGGCUCCAUCAUCUCCGUGGUGAUCAAAGGCGUCCUCUUCUGGUCCUUGACUCGGCUGUAUCGGAGCUUUGGGCAGGGGCUGCGUGAGAGGAUGUUUGCUUCUGAGCAGUAGCAGAGCAUUGUUUCCUGAUUUGAAGAUGACAUCACUGUGCCCAAGCUGUGUGGCAAAGUUCUGACCACCAUGGGGUGCCAGCACAGCAAGCUGUACAGCAGGACUGCUCUCAUGAACUGAUUGCUCAAUUCAAGGAAUGGAAAUCGGAGAUAAAUGGAGGUUAUGAGUAAUCUCAAUGAGAUGCUCCAACCAGGUGGUUUGUCGCAUCUUAUGUACAGACGGUGCACAAGAAUUAGAAGAAACACAGUUGCAGUUUUGUGGUUUACUGCAUUAUCAUCAUUACCGUAACACCUCAGACAAAUUCCUUCUCAAGACUUCUUUCUGUGUUUCAGCCAAAACAAAAAAAGAAGCGUAAAGGUAUUUUUAUACAGAUGAAACUGUUCAAGAAUAUCAGAAUGCACCCAUUUUGUUCACCCAUUACUGUCGUGGUCCACUCCAAAUUAAAACAACCCAGCCCACCUUAAAAAAAUGAUACUGAACCAAAUCUCAUAGUAUGACGUUCCCAAUAACCUCUAUUUCCCUCGUUUACCUAAGAUUUGUCCCUAACGAACCCAUUACAUUGUUUAUGGCUGCAAAGAGAAACCCCAGUCCAACACAAAGCCAUGCUUUCAAAAAUCACUAGAUUGAGGAGUGGGUCUUAAUUCUGUACAAUACAAAUGCUGUAAUAACUGCAUGAUAUAUAUAUAUUUUUAGAUAAGAUCCAGUCAGGUUUUCUACAAAUCUGCCAAACAAUUAAAGUGUUAAAAGGUUGAAGAUUUAGUUUGGGAGAUAACAGCAUUGCCCGUUAAGCCCUAGGAUAUGUUUUUAAUUUGGUUAAAAGCAUUGUCCCUUCCAGUGAGAUCUUUAAAAAAAAAAAAAAAACCCUGACCUAACAACAUUGCAUAAACAGUGCAUGUUGUUCUCAACCAACUGUUUCUUGCACUUAAUUGUACGCUUUUAAGCAGUAUUAGAAAAAAUCUACUGUGCUGGUCACCUCAGUAUUUUUAUUUUUAUUUUUUUAAAUACUGACCUUGUGGAAAAGGAGACAUGCUGUCAUGUUCAGAAUGGAAAGGAUGAUGACAUACUUCCUGGCACUUGACCUUCAGGUUCCUCUCUUGCACUGUGGUCUCUUGAAUGAUUGCACUAAUUAAACGUUUAAAAAACGUAGUGUGUAGGGUUACUGCUCAUCCUGUGGUGAUGGGUAGAAACCCACAAUUUAAAUAAAUAAAUAAAAUAGGGAUUUAGCCAGGCAAGCUUUUUGGCAUUUCAGAGAUAUUGAGAAAUGACCGAAAAAAGACGAUGCAUUUUAUAUUAGACCUCAUGUGCUCUAACCAUUGAUUUGAAUAAUCACAAUUGAUGAGGUCAUGUAUCCUGUGCUGGGAGAUACAGUGGAGAGAGCCUGGUUUUACAUGCAUCAGAGAAUAUUGAGAGUACCCCCAACGUGGAUGUCUGUCUUGUAUGGUAUUACUAACAUUGGCGUACUGUGCCAAAACCUGAUUGACAGCUCUCCAUAGUCACUUUUUUUUGUUUUAACAUUUUAAAUAACAGUGUUACUAAUAUGAUUCUUCUUCAAUGUAAUGCCCAUUGGGUUCAUGAGGUGAGCUAGGAUUUACUUGCUCCGGGUUCAUUACGAGUCUUUUUGUGUUUGUAACAUUUUUUGCUAAAAGACAAUCUAGGACUUUGAAAAUUGUACUUUUAUUUUAACUUUUUCUUCUUAUACGUAUUCAUCUGCAGAAUUCCUGGCUGUAUUGCACAUUAUUAAAUGACAAAAGAAAGUAUAGUUUUGAUAAUGAGAAAGGGAGAGGGUUUGUAUUAGUGCAGUUUUUUUUAUGAAUGGGGGAUAUUUAAUUGUUUUUUAAGUAAUGACUGGAAAUAACAAGUGCUCACGUUUAGUUUUGUAAUUAAGUGGUUUAUAUAUACCAGUGUAUAUGUCCUCAUUCUUAAUUUAUAAAAAUGCUUGUGUAAAUUGUUUUAACAGUUUUGGUCAUCAACCAACAUCGGAUCUCUUGCAAUGAGAGUGCUGCUGUGUUAUUCAUAAAACACUGGAAAUUGUUGAACCAUUUUGUUUAGAAAAUGUUGCCUAUUUCUAUGAAUAAUUACAUUUUAUACAGAAGCUAACAUUUUGUAAAAUACAGCAGCCUUGUGUAUAAAACAUAGUUUCUUCAGUAAGGCACCCUGGCACGUUUAAGGCUUGUGGGAAUGUCCCGGGACCAUUCUGGAUAAAUGAUGCUGCAUGGGGCCCAAUACUAAAUGUGAAUUAAUUUUAAAUCAGAGGGGGACGGGACCCCAGAGAGAUGCCCUUCCUUCACGUCAUUAAUCCAAAGUAUACCAAAAGACUGUCUUCUGGGAAAACACGAUUAUGGUAUAGAAAAAUACAUACCCUGUA